AUGGCAUCCACCUCUUCUCAACCACAACAGGAUACUCUCAAGGCCGCCGUUUUUCAAAGACUACAUCCGCGCGUUUACCUUGAACGAUUCGUCGCCGAAAAUGUCAGACCAGACGGACGCGAUUUCGACGCGUGGCGUGAUGUUUCUGUGAACGUUGGCUCGGUCUCGACAGCAAAUGGAUCCGCACUCGUUCGCCUUGGAGACACAACUGUUGUGUGUGGUGUUAAAGCUGAACUUGCCGAACCAGAGCUGGAUGCGCCAAACGUUGGGUUUUUGGUCCCAAAUUUGGAUUUGCCUGCAAUAAGUUCUCCCAAGUUCAAACCAGGUCCCCCGACCGAAGAGGCACAGGUGCUUUCGGACAGGUUGAAUGAGGUUCUUGUCAGUUCUGGUAUCAUUCCUCUAGAGUCUCUCUGCAUCCAUCCAGGCAAAUCCGUCUGGGUUCUUUACGUGGACGCAACAUGCAUAAACUACGACGGAAACGCAUUCGAUGCUACCCUCAUCGCGAUGGUCGCAGCUCUCAAAAACACCAAACUUCCUAAAGCGACGUACAACGAGGACAUCGGGCUUACGACAUGCUCUCGUAAGGUGAUGAUGCCUUUGCAAAUUGAACGCCUUCCGAUCGCAUUGUCUUUUGGUGUCUUCGAUUCGUCUCGAAUCCUUCCGGACCCAACAUCCUUCGAGGAACCUCUCCUCGAUACCACGAUAUCGGUCGUAAUCGACGAAAAAGGCCAGUUGAUCUCCAUAUCGCAAGUAGGCACCGACACGCAAGACGCCCUUCUUACAUGUACUUCUGCCGCUAGAAAGCGCCAUGCCAUUCUCACAAAACAAAUAUACAACUCAUCAUAG